AUGGAGUUUAAAGGCUACAAAAAUGGAAACACAGAAACAUUCAUAAUAAGGAGCUAUGAAGAAGAGCACACAUGUCCAGUUACAAUAAGAUUUGGAGAUCAACGACAAGCUACAUCAAAGUUGAUAGCAGAUUUUGUAAAACCAAAAUUCUUGAACCUGAAAACAAAGUGCAGCCCGGCAGACAUAAAGACAGAAAUGAAAGACAAAUACGGAAUAAAGAUGAAUUACAUGAAAGCAUGGCGUAGUAAAGAGCGAGCACAAACCCAGCUACAUGGAAAUGCUAAAGAGUCGUACAAUCUCUUGCCAAGAUACCUGUACAUGCUACAGAAAACAAAUCCAGGAACAUUAAUUGACAUAGAGAAAGAAGAUGAUGACAGUUUCAAAUAUGCAUUUGUUGCAUUGAAUGCUGUUAUAAAAGGUUGGCCAAACUGCAAACCAAUCAUCGUUGUGGAUGGUACAUUCCUAAAGGUCGCGUAUGGAGGCACGUUGCUCAAUGCCAACACACAAGAUGCAGAAUUAAAAUUUUUUCCACUUGCAUACUGCAUAGUUGAUUCUGAGAACGAUAAAUCGUGGGAGUGGUUCUUAAAAAAAAUAAAAGAAGCAUUCGGGGUUCGAGAAUAUCAAUGCCUAAUAUCAGACAGACAUGAAAGCAUCAUCAAAGCAACUAGGAAAGUGUUCCCUGAAAUAACACAUGGCUACUGCAUCUUCCACCUCUUGUCGAACCUCAAAACAAAAUUCAAAAAAAAUGCAAAGCAUUUCAGAGCUCCAUUCUUUGCAGCUGCAAAAGCUUACACAAAAAUGGAGUUUGAAUUCCAUAUGAGGGAGCUAGAUAACUUGGAUAAGCGCAUAAGACCGUACCUGGAAAAAAUUGGCCAUGAAAAAUGGUCAAGGUACUCUACCAUGACAUCAAACAUAGCUGAGGCACUGAACUCAGCAAAUUUAGCAGCAAGGGAAACACCAGUCACAACAUUAAUGGAGUGCUUGAGGGCACAAAUGCAAGAGUGGACAUACAAUAAUAGAAAGGAGGCACAAAAAUGCACAACAAGGCUGACACCAUCAUCUGAGAAGAAACUCAUAGGGAACUAUGUACAGUCAUUGCCACUAACAGUGAAACCAGCAAACCAAAACCUGUUUGAGGUGAUAGAUGAAGACAGAACAAGAAUAGUAAACUUGAAGGAGAAGACGUGCACAUGCAAUAGAUUUCAAAAAGAUGAAAUUCCAUGUAACCAUGCAGUCGCCGUCAUGAAGGACUUGAACAUAAACACAUACAACUACUGUGCACAAUACUACACAUCAAAAGCAUGGCUGCAAACAUAUGAAGAAACAGUAUACCCAGUUGGAAACUGUUGCCUCCAAAAGAAAGAAUCAAGUCUGGAAGGCCGAGAAAAAGAAGAAUGGCAGCAGCUUGGGAAACAAAGAAACAAAACAAGUGUGGCAAGUGUGGACAAAAGGGACAUAACAAAAGACCUGCAGAAGAAUUACAACAUAGAACUACAAACAGCUACACAUUAA